UGACAUGACUCCUCCAUAAUCUCCAAUCCAUUCAAACACCAAAUGUUAGGUGUUCUGUUCUCUACCAAAUAAUUCCUUUAGUUGGUGCAAUCCAAUUAUCCAAAUAAUAUUUGACACCUCAAAAAUCAAUAUCAUCAAUCCUUUGUCAUCAACUUCUGAAUCUUACACAUAUUCUAUUCCCUUUCACUUUACUCUCAAGCAAAUUCACAUCUCCAAUUUCCAACAAACACCUCUCUCACAACACACAUAAAAUCUUCAAAAUCAAACUCAUUUCAUCUAUCUACACCACACCCUUAACACUUGAGAUUCAAAAACAAACACAGAUUAUUUUUUUCUUCUAUCAAAAAAAACAUGAGAUCCAAAACACAACUCUCAUGCAAUCUUAAACUAGUCAUAAUCUCUCUAGUGUUUCUCUUUUUCUUCAUCAUGCUAUUCAAAUCAUCAACAUUCUCAUUUUCUCAACCACCCACAACUACCUCAAACACCAACGACCUCUCAAUAAUUUCAUCACAAGAAACAGAAAAAACAACAAAAUUACCAGAUUGCCCUUCACUCCCUUUAACACCAACAUGCACAAAAAAUCCUCCAUCAUUAGCCAGUGCAUUAAUCCAUUAUGCAACCACAAAUAUCACACCACAACAAACAAUUAAAGAGAUUUCAGUCUCAGCCAAAAUUCUUCAAAAAAAAUCACCUUGCAACUUUUUAGUUUUUGGAUUAGGCCAUGAUAGUUUAAUGUGGACAUCAUUAAACUACGGUGGCCGGACCGUUUUCCUCGAAGAAGACAAAUCAUGGAUCGAACAAAUUCAAACAAAGUUCCCGAGUUUAGAAUCACACCAUGUUGUGUAUGAUACAAAAGUGCAUCAAAGUGAUGAACUAAUGAGAAGUGGAAUGGAACAAGAGGAUUGCAAAAAAGUUAGUGACCCAAGAUUUUCAAAAUGUGAAUUAGCACAUAAAGGUUUUCCAAGUGAAGUUUAUGAUAUUGAAUGGGAUGUGAUCAUGGUGGAUGCGCCAACAGGGUACUUCGAGGGUGCGCCGGGGAGGAUGAGUGCGAUUUACACGGCAGGUUUGAUUGCUAGGAACAGAGAAAAUGGUGACACUGAUGUGUUUGUUCAUGAUGUUGAUAGAAAAAUUGAGGAUAAAUUUUCAAAGACUUUUCUUUGUGAAGGUUAUUUGGUGGAACAAGAAGGAAGGAUUAGGCACUUCAAUAUACCAAGUCAUAGGGCUCGUUUGGGUAGACCAUUUUGUCCAUGAAAUUUAUUUGUUAUCAUUUUUUUACUCAAACAUUCUGCUAUAUUAGUUUAAAAUCAUAUAUGUCUUUGCUUUUUGGGAUACAUGUUAUAUGAAUAAAUUUAAAGAUUUUUUAUUUGCUAAUAGAA